AUGAAUCUUUAUACUAACUGGACAGAAUUUACAUCACCUUGGGAUUUAUUAAUUGAUUGUAUAUUAUUAAAUGAAGGAUAUUCAAAUGGUAGUAAUACAGUAUGUAUAGUAUCUACAGUAUUUGGUAUAUUAAUGGGUUAUAUCUUUCCAUUUAUUGGUUUAUUUAAUAUAAUAAGUAAUUGUAUGAUUAUUAUUAUAUUUUUUAAUUCAAUGAUUAAUUAUAAUAAACAAUUUAUAUUAUUAGGUAUAUUAUCUAUAACAGAUAUUGGAAUUAUUCUAUUUGUUGGUUGGUUACGAUUAUUUCCAACAUUUGGUUUACCAUAUAUAACAUCAGGAACAAUUUAUUAUUUUAUAUUAACAAAAUCUUCUUUAAGUUGUAAAUUAUUUACAUUUUUUCAAGGAUUUUUUUGUACUUUAAGAGGGAAUUUAUUUAUAUUAUUAGCAAUUGAUCGUUUUAUAUUAAUCUAUAAACCAUUAAUUUAUAAUAAAUUAUCUAAUCAAUUAAAUUGGUUAUUAAUAUUGAUUAUUAUUAUUAUAACAAUUAUUAUAGUAUUACCAUUAACAAUAUUAGCUGAUCUUAUAGAAAUACGUCAAUUAACUGUAUGUUGGUUUUUAGAUAAUACCAAUUAUUUAUUAAUACAUCAAGCAUUAUUAUCAAAUACAUGUCCAAUACAAUUAUCUUUAGUAACAUUAGUUGAUUUAUUUUUUUUAAUUAAAGUAAUUAAAUGGACACGUAAUUUACAACGAGUAGGUCAUUCAACAUCAUCAUCAUCAUCAACAUCGUCAACAACAACAACUAAUAAAGUCAAUAUCUCAUUAAUUGUUACUAUGCUUAUAUUACAAAUUUUAGCCUUUUUAUUUUCAUUACCUAAUAGUAUUGUUUAUUUAAUAUCAUUAACUAUUGAUUUUCAAUUAAUUAGUUCAGAUAUUGUACGUUUAUUAGUAAUUACUAGUAAUAUGUCAUGGAAUUUAAUAUUUUUUCAAUCAUCAUUUAAUAUAUUUAUUUAUUAUUAUCGUAUACGUAAAUUUAAUCAAUUAUUAAAACAAUGGAUUAUAUAUUGUCAAUGUAAUCGUCAUAAAUCAAUUCAACAAAAUAGUUCAGUAACGAAUGGUUAA